AUGGACUCACAGGCCCCGCAUGAUCCUCAUUCUACACAAGGUCAAUUUGAGGAUGAAAGCACAAUUAACCACUCUGGCGAUCUCCACCAUGUUCGGGCAACCUCCUCGCAAGGCACAUAUCUCAAAGGCUCAAAUUGGGGUAUGGAACCGUUGGAAGACUACCAAGAAGGUGGUUAUCAUCCUGUUCAUAUUGGAGACAUCCUUGGUUCAUCAAAUGGAUAUCGAGUCAUUCACAAACUUGGCCAUGGAGGCUUCGGCACCGUAUGGCUUUGUCGGGACUCACUAGAGGGCCGUUAUAUCGCCCUCAAAGUCAUGGUCAGUGAUUUGAAAUCCGACGAGAUUCUUGAAUUCAGCUUGGCGGAUCUCGACCAAUGCAUGCCUGGUGCCCAGUUCAUCGCGUCUCCGCUUGACUCAUUCUCCACAACCCAAGAAUUGGACUUCCUACAUAAGAAUCAGAUUUGUCACGGAGACUUCCGUCCAUCCAAUGUCUUAGUCAAGUUGGCCGACCUAGAUCACCUUUCUGAGGAAGAGCUACUCUCCCUAUUAGGGCGUCCCGAGGAAGUCCAGGUGCAGACAGAAUCAGGAGAAGACCUUCCAUCAUCUAGCCCAAAGUACCUUGUACAGCCAGCGGACAUGUCCCAACUCGGGAAUGAAUUCCUCACAGAAGAGAUUUGUGUCAUCGACUUUGGCGAGUCGUUCAAGUUCUCAUCACCCCCAGAAGACCUCGGCAUCCCAGAGAAUUACCUACCACCAGAAAUCCUUCUUGAACACCCUGAUGCGUUUGGGCCCGCCUGUGAUCUUUGGGCUCUUGGAUGCACCCUAUUCGAGAUCAGAGAGCAACUUCCGCUGUUCUACAUGAUCUACGACAAAGACGAGUUACUGGCAGAGAUAGUCAGAUUCUUUUGCAAGCUGCCAGAAUCGUGGUGGGCGAAGUGGGAGGCACGCGAAGAGUAUUUUGACGCCGAUGGGAAAUGGCUUCGUGAUGAAGAGGACUGGUCCCUCGAGGUGGCACUGAGCAAACCAAUCGAGAUCUUCGAUGCGGGUGAGAAGUACAAAGAGGGACCGAAGCAGUCACUUGAAACACCUGAAGCUGAGCAGAAAUUGUUGGCGGAUCUGCUGUAUCGGUUGUUCAAGUAUGAUCCUCGAGAACGGCUUAGUGCAGAGGAGGUUCUUAGACAUGAAUGGUUCAGACUAUAG